UGUUCCCCGCUAACCUGCGGGUCACCUCUCCCUCCAGCCCCAUUUGGGGCUGGGGAAACCCGGCCCCUCUCCCCCCCCAUCCCUCCCCACGGGGCGCAGCCACUUACACUUGUUGAUAGAAGCACUUAAAGCAGGGCUUGGGGGGGGGGGGGGGAUGAUGUGGAUGGGGUAAAAGGGGGGAAAAGCGCGUCUCCCUCCCUCUCUGUCCCCGUCCCCCCCCUUUUCCGCGGCUUGGCUGCCGGCGGUGCUCGGCCCCUGGCAGGGGGGCAGGUCGCCGUGCCGGGGGGGGCGAGGGGCCGCCCCGCUCGGCUUGGAGCAGGGGCGUUUGUUUGAACAGCUCCAGAGCAAAGAGCAGGGGAAGAAAGUUUGGGCUGGGAGCGUGGUUUUUUCCCCAGACGUCAGCACAAGGCGGAACAGGGGCUGGGGAGGGAGCCGGACUCACAGGGGAGCUGUGAUUUUUUUUUCCUUUUUAAAAAAUAAUAAUUGCUAAUUUUUUUCUCUCUUUUUUUUUUUUUUUUUUUUUUGAGGGGGGGUGGGGAAGGGGAAGGGGGCCGGGGAGCGGCCCGGCACCUCGGGGUGGGCUGCGGGCUGGGGGUGGGAGCCAUGGACUCGGCGCCAGCCUUCGCCAUGGACAAGCCGUUCGCCCCCAGCGCCGUGCGCGGCCCGGAGCCGCCCGAAAAUCCUCAAAGCCGGAAAAACUUCAGCGUGAGCCACCUCCUCGACCUGGAGGAGGUAGCGGCCGGUAUGAACGGGACCCCCCCGGCCGGCCCCCCGCCCGCCGGUGGCGGUAAGGCCAUGCCGGAGCCGUCGGGAGGCAGCAGCGGCAGCGAGGCAGCGCCCCAGGACGGUGAAAGCCUAAGCCCGAGUCGCGGAGCGGCCAAGAGGAAGAAGAAGCAGAGGAGGAACCGCACCACCUUCAACAGCAGCCAGCUGCAGGCUCUGGAGAGGGUCUUCGAGAGGACACAUUACCCCGACGCUUUCGUACGGGAGGAGCUGGCGAGAAGGGUCAACCUCAGUGAGGCGAGAGUCCAGGUCUGGUUUCAGAACCGGAGGGCCAAGUUUCGCCGUAAUGAGAGGGCGAUGCUGGCGAACAGAUCGGCAUCACUCCUCAAAUCCUACAGCCAAGAAGCAGCCAUUGAGCAGCCCAUGGCACCGCGGCCCACCGCGCUGAGCCCGGAGUAUCUCUCCUGGACCAGCACCUCCCCAUACAGCACUGUGCCCUCCUACAGCUCCAGCGGGACCGCAACACCCACCCAAGGGGUGAACAUGGCCAACAGCAUCGCCAGCCUGCGCCUCAAAGCCAAAGAGUUCAGCCUCCAUCAGAACCAGGUGCCAACCGUGAACUGACCAGGGCAAAGCCCACCCCGUGGCCUCAUCCAGGAUACAGUGUGGAGCUCCUGUGCUGGUCCAGGACAAAUCCACCACCCGCUCAACCCACAUGCCACUCAUCCAACGUCUCAGCGCCUCUCUUCUCCUCUUCCCUUUUGAAGGUAGAGUCAGUCCCAGGCCAAAGUGGCACAUAAUUAUUGCCACAUAUGGAGCAAACUUGGUUAGAGACUUGCUUUUCCACACACCCUUAUAAUAAAGGCUAUAUAUACACACACAUACCCCCCACGCGCUCUUCGAGGACAAACAGACUUGCCAAGGGAACAAGAAUUUGCUUCCAAACAUGGAAGGAUCUUGGACUAUUGGAUUUGACCAAUUUGGGUAUCUCACCCAGAAGGCCAAAGAGUUAUUGGGUCUUCUCCUCCCGCAGGGACAGCAUGUGGUGGUGGGAGGAUCACGAGCCCCCCUUUCCGCCAGGCUGGGACUUGCGGUGCUCAUGCCGAAGCUGACCCGCGUGUUCACCUCUUUGUGCAUCCUCAGCUGCGGUACUUGGGAGAGACUUUGGGAAGCCAGUGGCUCACCCCUGCCGUGGCCGAUCCCAGCCAGCCCUCUGCACCGCGCUGCCUGCAUUUAGGAGCUGCCUAAGUCAACGGCAUCAGGCUUUGUCCCUUCCCAGAGGGGCGAGGAGGGCUGGAGCAUCUUGACAGACUCGCUCGGAGCCUGUGAGCUGGGGGGAGCAUCGCCAGUCCCCAAGCAAGCACCGCCGCCCUGCCUUGGUGGGUUUGCCAGCGAUUCUGCAGAGCCCCAGGUCAUUGAACCAUCCCACAGAAUGAGAAAAUUAGAAAAAGCUGUUGGGUUUCAGCUGAGUAGGCGGCUCCCAGCACUUCGUGCCAACGGCAAAGCAGGCUUCGCCUUCCGGAGGCACAGCUUCCCCGUCGGCAGCUCGCAGAUGUGUGCAGGGGUCUGGGGCUGGCAACUCCAUGGGGGUGGGCUUUUUUGGUUUUACAGAAAGGAAAUGGUUUCCCCCUCGUCCCACCCUGCCGUGCAUCCUAAUGAGAUUACAAGGUGGGACUUGCAGGGUGAAGGACACCGGCUUACACCACCCCAGUCUUUCAACCAUGGGACUGAGCCACAGAGAGAUGCACCCUCCACCUUCCCCCGCCAAUAUCGCAGCAAUGGGGGACGAGCUGAAGUGCUGGAGGUUUUACCAUGUGGACAAAACCCUCUGGAAACCAGUCCACCCUUUCCUCAGCCACUGCAAAGAGCUACCAGCCAAGCACAGGGACACUACCAGCUCAGAUGGAUGGCAUGCAUGGAGAAGGCACCAGCCCUACUUACCUAAAAAGGCUUAGCCCUCUGGGGACUGUAGCAGUAGAUCUGAGGACAAAUACAGCAAUUGCUAAGGUGCUUCCUCUAGAUAAACAUCUUCUGGUGUGCAACACCGAGGCUGAAAGUGUCCCUACUAUACACGUGCCCACCCAAGUCCCCACUGCUCCCAGGAGCAUCCUCUCCCUUUCCCACAGGGGCCCUCCCUGGAGACACACGUGGUGCCCAGUGUCUGUGACACCAGGACCCUCAGCUUCACCAUGGACAGGUGGGCUCACCCAGCACCCAGAGAUGGAGACCUGGUGGGAGAACCAGGAGAGAAGCUUACCUCCUCUGGUUGGGGGUGAACCAGCCCCUCCAUUCUGCCCCCAGACCCAGAUUUCUCUGCUUCACCCAAAUGCAGCCCCCUGGUUGGGAAGUGCCACCUCCUCGUCCCCCUCAAGCGCAGCAGGCUGGGAGGGGACGCAGCCUGACUGACAGUGCCCACCUCACCCAGGGAGCAAAGUCACCCUAAAUACCCACCCUGUGCCCCCCACCCUGUUUCCAGGGCUGGUAUCCCCACCAUUUGCCCUGCCAGAACGGGAGCACACAGCUCCCCAGGCUGCAGUGAGACACCACACAGAGACCUGACAAAAGCCAAGACAUGCCAGGCCAGGGGGAAGACAGAUCCACUGCGGAUCAAAUAAUCCACAAUGAGAAAUGCCGCCUGGGGCAGGAGGAGGGGGCCGGGGGGUCCUAUUCCCAUAGAAAGCACAGGGCUCUUUUUUCAGUUAUACAAGAUGAAACCACAGGGAUAUAAAUGUCGCUGCCUCUUUGAGAGCAUUAAUGAAAAUAAACCAAUUUAAUAGUUUGCAGAUGCCGUUUCUGUAAACCUAAAAAAAGCAGGGAAUAAAUAUUUCUUCACUAAAUAUCUAUAUGUAUAUAUAUAUUUGAAAACAUUUGCUCCUAAUCUUAGGGCCCCUCCUUUGCCGUGCUCUUGGCAGCUUAUCACAGCUUGUCAGUCAACGCUGAAGCCUCACUGAGAUGAGAUACAAAUUGCACCCACAGAAGGGUAGCAGGACGAAGGGAUUAUUGUAAUCUAAGCUCCCUCUCGCCCUUUCUAUUUGUACAUUUCAAUUACUCGUAACAAGAUCCACGAUGGAUUUUUUUUUUCUUCUGCAUGUCUGUGUUUUGGAAAUUUUUGUAAGGUUUUUGUAAAAACAACUCUUGUGAAAUAAUGGAGGAAUAAAUAUUUUACUGAGUA